AUGGCCGACGUCUUGGGUAUCGUGGCCAUCAUAUUCUUCUACGUGCUCAUUCUGAUCGUCGGUAUUUGGGCGGGUCGAAAAUCGAAGAGCACAAAGGAGUUGGAGUCGGAAGCAGGUGCACAGACGGAAGAAGUGAUGUUAGCCGGCAGGAACAUCGGAACUCUCGUGGGAAUCUUCACUAUGACUGCCACGUGGGUGGGCGGAGCAUACAUUAACGGAACUGCAGAAGCGCUUUAUAACGGAGGUGAGUGGGCAGAUGGGUUCUGAUGGAAGAGUAAACGGGGAUCGCAGGUCUUCUCGGAUGCCAAGCUCCAGUCGGAUACGCCAUUUCACUUGUGAUGGGAGGGCUUCUCUUCGCCAAGAAGAUGCGAGAAGAGGGGUACAUAACAAUGCUGGACCCCUUCCAGGUAUCAAAAUCAUGUCUAGUACAUCGAUUACCUCUCUAUUCCAGCACAAGUACGGUCAGCGAAUCGGCGGACUCAUGUACCUUCCUGCUCUUCUCGGUGAAACCUUCUGGACUGCUGCCAUUCUGUCGGCUCUCGGUCCGUCCUCUCCCUGUUUCCAAUCAAAAUCCCUCUCAUUCCAGGCGCCACUCUCUCCGUAAUCCUCGGAAUCGACAUGAAUGCUUCCGUGACUCUCUCUGCCUGCAUCGCCGUUUUCUACACAUUCACUGGCGGAUACUAUGCCGUCGCGUACACUGACGUCGUCCAACUUUUUUGCAUUUUCGUCGGAUUGGUCAGUGUUUUCUUGAUGACGUCAAUCGGAUGAAAUGUACUUUUAGUGGGUCUGCGUGCCGGCCGCGAUGGUCCACGACGGAGCGAAAGAUAUUUCGAGGAAUGCCGGCGACUGGAUCGGAGAGAUUGGAGGUUUGUGAAUCGGAAAUGUUCUCAAGUACAUAUGAAGUAUUGUAGGGUUCAAAGAGACCUCUCUCUGGUGGGAUUGCAUGCUGCUACUCAUCUUCGGAGGAAUCCCCUGGCAAGUAUAUUUCCAAAGAGUUCUCUCCUCGAAAACUGCCUCGGGAGCUCAAACGCUCUCUUUCGUGGCCGGCGUCGGAUGCAUUCUGAUGGCCAUUCCCCCCGCACUCAUCGGUGCUAUCGCACGGAACACUGACUGGCGAAUGACUGAUUACUCCCCAUGGAACAAUGGAACCAAGGUCGAGUCGAUCCCUCCUGACAAGAGAAACAUGGUCGUCCCCCUCGUGUUCCAGUACCUCACUCCCAGAUGGGUCGCAUUUAUCGGUACUUCUGUCCUCUCACUUUCAUCUAAUCGGGUCCUUCUUCAGGAUUGGGGGCUGUCUCCGCCGCUGUCAUGUCUUCUGCCGACUCUUCCGUCCUUUCUGCCGCUUCCAUGUUCGCACACAACAUCUGGAAACUGACGAUCCGUCCGCACGCUUCCGAGAAGGAAGUGAUCAUUGUGAUGCGAGUGGCCAUCAUCUGUGUGGGCGUGAUGGCAACCGUCAUGGCUCUCACCAUCCAGUCGAUCUACGGUCUCUGGUACCUCUGCGCCGACCUCGUCUACGUCAUUCUCUUCCCUCAACUCGUUUGUGUUGUCUACAUGCCACGUAGCAACACGUACGGCUCGCUCGCGGGCUACUUCGUCGGCUUGAUUCUCCGUCUGAUCGGAGGAGAACCGCUCGUCUCGCUUCCCGCGUUCUUCCACUAUCCGAUGUACACGGACGGUGUGCAGUACUUCCCGUUCCGCACCACCGCAAUGAUCUCUUCGAUGGCCACCAUCUACAUCGUGAGUUCAUUUCCCUUCUUUUACAGUUUUCACAUAUUUUCGUUCAGGUUUCAAUUCAAUCGGAAAAGCUGUUCAAAUCGGGAAGACUGUCCCCCGAAUGGGACAUAAUGGGUUGUGUAGUGAAUAUUCCGAUAGAUCAUGUGCCCCUUCCAUCCGAUGUCUCGUUUGCUGUUAGUAGUGAGGCCUUGAAUAUGAAGGUAGAGUGUGAUGAAUGUUUGACGUUUGAUUCCUCCGUUAGCAUUGUUCCACUACGCCCUCCGCCCGCCUCUAUAUCGUCAGUUUUCAGACUCCUAACGGAACGCCGGCGCCGGUCCCUCAGCAUCCGCACCCACCGCCGUCUAACGAGAACACUUUGCUCCAUCCGUACUCGGACCAAAACUAUUACUCGACCUCUUCUAACUGA